UUACUAAAUUCACUUUCAAGCACUUUUGCCACCACGACUUCGACAAGAUGGCUACCAAAAUAAACGUUGGGGCAUUGAGAAAUGUUUUCUUUCGCAAACAACACGUCUUAUCAAGGGUUUCAAGCGUACACACAUGUACAAGAUGUAACCAAAUAAACAGAGCCAUCCCAAAUACACAUAACAGAGUGCUGUUACAGCCACCAUGUAUAAACAGAAAAUCAUUAGUGAGACAUAUGUUUAUUCAAACACAAGAGACUCCCAAUCCAAACAGUUUAAAGUUCAUACCAGGAGUACAAGUGUUGGAGGCAGGAACCAAAGAUUUUCCCAAUGCAUCAUCCACUUACUGUUCCACCUUAGCCAAACAGCUGUUUCGAAUUGAUGGUGUAAAAGGUGUGUUUUUUGGAACAGAUUUUAUAACUGUAACUAAAACAGAUGAAGAUAUUGAUUGGCAGGUGGUAAAGCCAGAUGUCUAUGGAACCAUUAUGGACUUCUUUGCCAGUGGCUUACCUGUGUUGACUGAUGAACAACCCUCUAUUGAUACUGCUGUAGACCCAGAGGAUGAUGAGGUGGUCCUAAUGAUUAAGGAGUUACUUGACACAAGAAUAAGACCUACUGUACAGGAAGAUGGUGGAGAUAUUGUUUAUAUGGGUUUUGAAGAAGGUAUUGUAAAACUAAAGAUGCAGGGUUCCUGUACAAGUUGUCCAAGUUCAGUUGUUACAUUGAAACAUGGGGUACAAAAUAUGUUACAGUUUUAUAUACCAGAAGUUAUGGGAGUUGAACAGAUUGAGGAUGAAGCUGACAAUAUGAGUGAACAAGAAUUUGAAAAAUUUGAGAAAAGUAUUGGAGAAUCAAAAGAUACCUAAUAAGGAAUGUUUGUUAAUUAUGACAUCAGCUGUUACCUUGCUGUUAUCCAUUGUUUUACUCAAAGUGGAUAUACAUGUAUACUAUUUGAUGCAAUGUUGUGCCAAGUGAGUUUAGGAUCAUUAAAUAAGAUGCUUUAUGAAUAGAAAUUUUGUUUGGCAUUUAUUUGCAUUUUCAUUGUUUUUGAUUUGAUAUUUAAGCAACCAUUUUUCAAACCUCUUCUUGAUAUUACUUAAAAAUUGAAUGCUUCUUUUUGUUGUUUUAUUUAUGGGAUGUAAAAAUGUGGAAUUGCUUCAUACAUGUACCUAAAAUAUACAUAUUUUCAACCCAUAACACUACACUAAUAAAAUUACAAAAAGGGCCAUUCCAUUUUCCAAUUACAUUUUAAUGCUACAACCAUGGGGUAACUUAUCAGGCCUUUUUGUUUGUUUUCCUAUGCAUUGUUUUCCUAAAAAGCACAUGCUGUCAUAAAUUUUUUGAUUUAAUUUGGAAUAAAAUAUUAUUUUGAAAUGCCAAUGAAUAAGGUUACUAUUAUUGUCUUUCAAUCAAAAUAAUGGAUUCUGAUAAAACACUGAAUAACAAAUAAUGCAUCAAUAAGUAGGAUCUGAACUGAAUAACCUUUUAAGACUGAGCUAUGCACACACAUUUUGAUAAAGAAUACAUUGCUGAAUCUUUGUUUUCUCUUAACAAAAUACUGACAUUUGUUACUAGUAUUCAACUAUUUGAGAUAGAUCACAUAACCCCAACUUGACUUGUAACCUUUUAUAAGACCAGAAGGGGUAAAAUUAAGUACUUUGUUCCAAUAUAUAAAUUACAGACAAACAACUUUGACUGUAGGGUAUUUGCAAUCAUGUCCCAUGUGGGAGAGAAUAUGAUUACCCUUUUGGAAGAGCCUACCAAGCUCACUUUGAUAUAAGUAAAACAAAUUAUUAUGAAUAUCAUUGCUGAAAAUAAUGUAUAAUGACCUUUUAUAAAAUGAUCCUUACACAGAGUACAGAUACUAUUAUUCAGUUAAAAAUCAUUCUCUGUUUUGAGUUAUGCAAUGUGAAAUUGUGUCAAAGUGAUUAUUCCAAACAUAACCUAUAUACAUGUAUACAGACAUAUACCACCUUGACUCCUUAGAGAAAUGCUCAGAUGUCAGGUGUUCCGUACAGGUCAUUUGAAGUCUGUUGUUGAUAUUUAUUGUUAUAUAUGUUUUAAAACAUGUGAUGUGA